UUAUCUUUCAUUUUAUACACGCGCAUAUCCCCAUUCGAUUCAAAUACGACAAGAAACAUUAAAAAGAACAUGACAGAGAUGACUGAUAAAACAAAUUCACCAAUUAAUGACGGUUUGUCAACGAUGACUGAAUCAUGUGAAAAAUUACCUGCUGAAAAAACAUUUACCGUUAACGACGCGACAGUUUGGUCAAUUGUUCACUUUGAAAGUGACGAGGAAGACAAUGUUGAAGGUUUCAAUGAUCUGAUUCCAUCGUCGUGGAUUACGACGAUGGGCACAUUAAGCUGGUACCCGAUAAAAUGAACACAAAGGGACCAUUCAUAAAAUUAGUCAAGCAGUGUGCGAAAGCUAAUCCGGAGUGGAAUUGUUUUUCUAUCCGAAAAGAUUGAACAAGGCAUUGAAAACUAUGAUCGGGGCAUGAAAAUGCUAGUAAAAAUUGAUAAAAAUCCGAAUGCAGCACUACAUUCAGAUCUUGAAGAAAAAGGCAAAGGAAAACGACUUAAAAAAACAACGCAGCGUUUUGUCGGUUCGCACAAUAAAAACGUCCAGAAAAAGCAAAUUACACAGACGAUGUUACCACCUAUUCCGAAAUUGGGGAAUAUAAGCAAGCCUGAACAGGCAAGCCGGUCAUUGAGCAAUAUAAAGGAUGUAACGGAUAAUCAGUAUUCAUUAUUGGACAAUGCACAGCAGCCGAAUUGUAGCUCAUGUGAUGAAAUAUCGAUAGAUGACAAGGGAACUAAGGGGCUAAAGCCCGCAAAAGAGGAUUCUCUCGUCACGAAGAUGCCGACUUCGAACCGUGCAACAAAUAAGCCAGGAGUGUAUAGUGCUGAACAUUUUUCAAAAAUUAUAGGAUGUAAAAUACCUUCGAAAAUAAAUCACAAGUGUGCUUAUAUCGAAGGAGGAGUGGCCACACUGGAAUCUCUGGCCGAUGCAAUUUGUUAUCUCAACGUUGAAGUGUUUUCGUGCAAAAUGUCUUUGCGCAAAACUGACAAAAAUAUGGAAAGUUUCUUGGAAACAGCGGCAAUGGUGAAGAAGCCUUCAACCGUAAUGAUGACUCCUACUGUCCAUGUUUUGGACGAGUUUCUUGUAAAAAACAUAGAAGAAUUACGCAUCGUCGAACGUAAACUAAAAAAAGAAACUUUUCAUUUGCAAGUGGUCGAAGCGCUACACUCAGGAGUCAUGGGAGAACCAUUAAAAAAACAGAUUAAUUCCAUACUCCGGUUAGUUCUGGACGAUGAAGUAGCAAGUGUUUUCAAUUGGAAAGGACAACGAGGAACGAAGAUAAAGUUAUCAAAUCGUCGAAUUGCCAAAAUAAUGAUUGAAGCAGUAGCUAUGGAUUUUCCAAUGAUCAAUAAUACCACAUUUGGGCGGAAUGCAGGACCUUGGUUAGCUCAAGCCACCUUUCGUUUAAAAAACAAAAACGUCAAUAACAAUAAGAAAGACGACCCAGAAGAUGUUACCGAUGAUAGCGAAAGCGGUUCUUCUGAAAACGAUGACGAAUUAGGCGAUGACCUGAGUGAAAAAGACUGUGAUGAAAUAGAUAAAAGUAUCUCAUAAAACAUCCAUAAGUACCC